AUGCCACCAAUGCAGAAAGGUCGUCUAUUCAGUGUGCAGGAUGUGAUUGCUGCAGUCCAAAAUGGAGAGAGCGAUUUUGAAAUGGACUUGGAUGACACUGAUGCAAGUGAUUUAGAGAAUGAGGAUGUAGGUGAAAUGGACAAAGAAAACCACCAACCCAUUGACUGCCCAGCUAAUGAUGAUGUGGACAUCAACCCCCAACCAAAUAAACACACAGUGCCCCGUGACAGGUUUCGUUGGUUGGAAAAGGAGUUUAUCAGUCCUAAUACAGAUUUUUCUGGUUCAGAAAUCACCAAUGAUGCCACCUCCCUCCUGACCCCACUGGAGUACUUCCAAAAGUUUGUGACGGAAGAUAUGAUUGAGACUCUGACAAGAAACACAAAUGAGUACAGCUUGCAAAAAAAUGGAAUAUCUGUAAAUACCAAUAAUAAGGAAAUUGAGAUGAUGCUUGGCAUGUACCUGAAGAUGGGCCUAAUGCAAAUGUCUGGAGUCCGUAUGUAUUGGGAGACAGACACACGGUACACCCCUGUUUCUGAUGUGAUGUCCCGGAACAGAUUCCAAUCUCUGUUGACUUCAUUACACUUUAUAAACAAUUUAACUGUGUCAGAGAUGGAAAAGAAGGACAAACUCUGGAAACUCAGACCAAGGCUAAAUUCAUUUAGGGAAAGAUGCCUGCAGGUGGUACCUGAAGAACACAACUCUGUGGAUGAAAUGAUGAUUCCUUUCAAGGGGAGAUUCAGUAACAUCAAACAAUAUAUGUGUGGCAAGCCACACCCAUGGGGGUUCAAAUUGUGGGUGAGAACUGGAAUCUCUGGCAUGCUCUGUGAUUUUGAUGUGUACCAAGGGAGUGUAGAUGGAAAACGACAAGCGAAAUCUGAACUUGGACUGUCAGGUGAGGUUGUGAUGAAGCUCGCCUCCACACUUCCAGAGGGUCAAAACUACAAGGUCUACGCAGACAACUACUUCACCUGUGUCCCACUGGUGGUCAAGCUCCUUGAGCGUGGAAUUCAUUAUGUGGGAACAGCGAGGCAGGUACGUCUACCCAACUGCAACCUUGAAGAUGAGAAGAGCUUGAAGAAAAAGGGGAGAGGAAGCUUUGAUGUCCGAGUGGAGGGGAACCACAACAUCUGUGCUGUCAAAUGGUAUGACAACAGAGCGGUCACACUUGUGUCAUCCUUUGCUGGACCAGAACCUGUGCAGAAAAUUCAGCGGUGGGACAAAGCCACUAAAACCAUCAUUGAUGUUGAGAGGCCUUACAUUGUUGGUACCUACAACAAACACAUGGGGGGUGUGGAUUUGUUGGACUCAUUUGCUGCCAAGUACAAGUUUCCCAUGAAAUCUCACCGCUGGUACAUUUACAUCUUCUGGCACACCAUCAUCUUUGCUGUAAUUAACGGCUGGCUCCUUUACAAGCGGGACUGUAAAGCUCUGAAGAUGACUGAGAAAGAGAUACUGAACAGGAGACAGUUUCAGGCACAACUUGCAUCCUCUCUCAUCCUGGUGAACACACACAACACAUUACCCAAGAGAGGGCGACCAUCUUCAGGGAAGACAGUGACAUCAGGGAGCCCUUUGGAUCCUCAGAAGAGACCAUCCUCAUCAGAUGUGAGUCCCCCAGCCAAGAGGUCAUCGGACCACCCCCCACUGGAUGUACGCAAAGACAUGAUUGCACAUUUCCCAGUAAAGACAAAGAGAGGGCGCUGCAGACACUGCAAUAAUGGAUACACAAACACACUGUGUAGCAAGUGCAAUGUUCGUCUGUGCUUCUCAGAGGAAAAGAACUGUCUUAGGGACUAUCACUGCAAAUAA